CAUCAUCUGUUGACACAAGUCGCUUCAAUUGCGCCGACUUCAAUCUUACGGAAUCUGUCCCGUACUUCACAACCGCUGGAGUCGUCGUCGCCUGCCACCCUAGUGUCUCGCAACUCCCGCGACAGACCAGCCUCGCCAGAAUCUGGGGAUACCGAAACAUUCGAGUCGUUCCGAGACCAUCGCGAGAGAUCCAUACCAUUGUAGUCGCCAUAAAGAGAACAGAAAGAGCCAGGCAUUCCAUCAGGAGCGUAUCGUUCGCUUCUCCACAAUACUCCCGAGUCUUCACAAUCUAAGCCCCGGCCCUGGCCGCUUGUGGGCUACGGCUGGGGUUCUUUAAACCUUCCGUACUUUCUCUCCUUGUUCCAUAUCCAUCUCAUUCCGCCAAGCGCCAUGGUUGCCACAAGAGCGAAUGCGAAUCCGGAUCGCACACCGGCCCAGCGUCAAAGCACGCACCAAGAGACACAAUCGACCCAGCAAGCCACCCAGCAGGCCACCCAGCAGGCUACUCAGCAAGACGAACCAGAACUCGAUGAAGUCGAGGUUGCCGAUGUUGUCUGCAUCUUACAUCCAUGCUCGCUUGCUGCCUACCAGGUCGUCGUCAACACAGCACUGAGAUCUCCGCAACACGUUCUACAAAAUGUUACACCUAGCACCUACAGCGAUGGCUUAAGCAUGGCAGAUCUUGAGAAGGAGGAGACUUUUCCCGCUCCGGGAGAAGAUCAGAGACAUCCUCUAGAUCUUGCGCUCCGUAUGUCAGCCAAGCUGCACAAUCCUGUCAUGGGUUUCGUCUUCGGGCGCAACGAGAAUGCUUGCGACAUAGUCAUUGAUACUGAUACCGUCAAAAGAGUCAGUAACAUGCAUUUUAGAAUCUACAUGACUGACGCCGGCGUCUGCAUGCUUCAUGACACGUCAACCAAUGGUACCAUAGUCGAUGGGAAGCUUCUCAGAGGCAGGGGCAAUAACAAUGCCGCUACCAUGAUGCUUACCGCAGGCUCUGUCAUUCAAAUCUUGUCGACUAAGAGAGACGAGAGCUUGAAGUUCAUUUUCCGCAUCCCAUCGAGAGACAAUCACUACGAGGAGUAUGGCAAGCGAUUCGCUGCCUACCUGGACCAUGUCAACCUCCUGAGAGAAAAGGCAGCACAGAACGGCCAGACUCAGGCCGUAAGACCUGGCGCAAAGAGCCAAGCUAAGACCAGCGUCAAACCCAUGCUACUGCAAGGGAAUCCCUUUGGCAUGCACUGGAGUGGUGGCGACAAAUAUAAUGUCACCGGCCACCUUGGAAAGGGAGCCUUUGCCACUGUCUACCGCCUAAAUAGUAAGAGCAACGGUCACAUGUUCGCUGCAAAAGAGUUGGAGAAGAGAAGAUUCAUGAAGAACGGUGUCAUCGACAAGAAGCUCGACAAUGAGCUGCGCAUCAUGAAGGGUAUCAACCAUCCACAUGUCGUGCAAUACAUCGACUGCCACGAUGUCAAGAAUCAUCUGUACAUCAUCAUGGAGCUGGUUCCGUUUGGCGAUCUUCAACAAUGGCUAGGGGCGAAUGGCCCUCUACCAGAAGCUCUUGCCAAACCUAUGGCAAUACAAGUCUUCGACGCCCUCGCUUACCUACACCGUAACAUGAUCACUCAUAGAGACAUCAAGCCGGACAAUAUACUGAUCGCCGACACCAACCCCAACUCCUUCACAGUCAAGCUCUCUGACUUUGGUCUCUCCAAAGUCAUUUCCGACAACGAAACCUUCCUCAAAACAUUCUGCGGCACACUGCUAUACUGUGCGCCAGAAGUCUUCCCCCACUAUGAUGCUCACUUCAAUGCCAAGGGACGAAAGCGUGAUCGUAAAGGCGCAUCGCAGCAACGAGGAAAGUACCAUUCCUACAGCUCGUGUGUCGACAUUUGGUCCUUUGGUGGAGUGCUGUGGUAUGCCAUGAGUACAAAACCACCAUUUGAAGGCAUCGCAGACCAGACAGGCAGAGCCAUGUUUGAACGUAUUGUCAGCACCAGCCUUGACACGACUGUCCUUGAAAAGCACAAUAUCUCUGACGACGCUAUUGAUCUGCUUGAGGAUAUGUUAAACACCGAUCCUGCUGUCAGACCCUCUGCCCUUCAAUGUCUUUCAUAUCCUUGGCUAGGUGGAGAGGCGAGUCAGAUUGAAGACGAGCCCCCGUCAGGCCUUCUGACAAUUGAAGAGGAAGAUGCUGAGGCGGGCGCAGCGCACGACUUAUCUCAAUUGAGCAUUCACGGAAAGUGGAACAAGACUCAAGGAGCCAGUGUCGAUUCCGGUGACUCUGAUAUUCUGGACCCUCGACAGUCUAAACGCUUCAAGAGUGGAAAAAUCGCUUCUCAACUACCCGCACCUUCUCAGCCGCCAACACAUCCUUUACGACCAACCCACGCUGCCGAGGACCCUGGCGUUCGGGAGCUUGCAGUGAACUCACAACCUCCACGCCUUUUCGGCGAGGUUCAGGCGUCCUUGGUGCGGAGUUCUGGUAUCUUUGGUACACAACUCCAGCAGCCUGUAUUUGCAUCAGAACAUGCAAAUGUUGAUGCAUCCAAGGCACAGCAUGCUCAGGAUGAGUUGUUCACGUCUGCGGCUAGUCACCAACCGGAUGAUGAUCAGCGGAAUACCAGGGUGAGGACUCCACCUGAAAGCGACAUGCAUGCAUCCAAUUUCGCGAGCCUUGUAGGGGCUGAAUCAGAUAUGCGAGACCUUAACAUGGACUCUUCACAGUCCGCAUUCUCGGCAACCGCCGAUGAGAGUGAGCCUACCACUCCUACUACGCCAAAUGACCCACCACAAGCGUCAGUCGGCCAGACUCGUGGAAGUAUGGAGGAGACGCCUCGUCCAAUCCAACCAACAGAAAGAAAACUCUCUUUCAAUCGACAAAUCAGCCUCCCGCUUUCUGCUUCCUCCUUCUAUGAUCCUGCUGACCCCAGCACCCAUUCUCUUGAAUAUGCUUCCUCAGUCAGCGGUCAUGACUUCACUAGUCACAAUCUUCUACCUGGAGCAAGUUUCCACUCACUGCCACCAACGACUGCCAAUUCCGGCGUUGACUUCGAGUUCGAUCGACCGCUACACACGGUCGCGCAAACACAGCCCGAGUUUAUCCGUCCUGCACCUCGACUGGGACGUCUGACGACCACUCCGGACUCGUUCUGUGCCGUCACGCUCGACCUGGGUUCUCGUAUCACGACUUGGGGACGAAGCCCCUUAAACACAAUUGUCUUCCCAGAUCCAUUGGACACCCGCGUGCCCAAACGCGGUAUCAUGAUCUACUUCCACGCCAAAGGCAUCGACAAAGUAGUGGGGAUGGGCGGAGACUGGACGAAACUGCUCGGCUUGCACUGUCUUGUCGCCACAGACAGCAGCAAUGGCAUCUUUAUCAAUGGUGUGAAGCUGAAUGCCAAAGAUGCAAAGGGCAAGCAGCUCUACGGUAGAGUCCACACUGGCGACGAAAUCACAGUCUGUCAGGGACACACGAAGGCCAAUUUGCUGAGAUUUACUUGCGUCUUUAAUCAUGGUGAAGCCAAAGACCAGCGACCGGCCGAUGGACCAGGUUUCGAGAUUGAGAAGAUGGGUCAUGAAUAAAGAAGGCUAGCACACGGCAUGUAUAUGUAUCUUAUGACGGAAGGGAAGGAGGAAAUGGGGACACAUCAUGACUUACAAGACGAGAAAAGGAAUGGGAGGCAGUUAUCAUAGCAUUUGUAUUUUCGAGAUCGUUUUCUUUGUCAAUUUUCGAACGCGGUAGAGCAUGGGCUUUUGUAAAUGCUGCAAUUACAUAUUCACUGAAUGAACUUGAGCAAUCUUACCAUUGGG